CACUACUGCCAUUAUCCGAUGUGAAUGGCCAAGUGGGAUACGCAUAGCGGAAACUUCAUCAUCUCAUCUGCAUCUUCUUCAUCUUCAACCAAACUGGCCCAACAUCAGCUUCCAUCCGGAUAUCCCGUCGUUAAGACGGGCGCUGCAAACAUCUGUUGGAACCUCUGCGUGGCUGGCGUGUUUGGUUUGCAAGCUAACCCAACAGGCCAAGUUUUUGCUUCCUUGCUUCCGAGCUCCACCUUGCCAAUAACAACGAGCUUCUGUUUCUGCUGCCAAUGCAGCUAAGAGCUAGCCGCGGGUGUUUGUCUCUCCUUUGUACUUCUCGACCAGAACCUCAUCCCCUCCUGCACCUACGCCGCGGGGGAAGCACACAUCCGUAACCAGGCCAUUGUCUCCGAAGUUUUCCGUCUCGUUUGAAAAUACACCAAUGUCCGCCUCAGUGGCUCAACGUGUCCACGGAUCUUGAAUCCCCACACUCCCGCUUGCUUUGUUCCCUGGCGAUCCAACGAUCCAGAAACCUGCUUUUGCAGCUCAUUGGGUUACUGUCGUUGGUGGUGAACAAACAUGGCUGAGUAAGAUUCUUCCACAACUCCACAUAGAUAUAUAGUGAUGGAAGGCUGCUAUCUGCUGAGGGAAAACCAGCCUGUAGUCGGCUUUUCCUUAUUCAACGAUUGAUUGAUUGGUUUGAUCCAUUGCUAAUAAAAAUGGGCAUCAGAUUAAUUUCCAUCCACGGAUGGGGCUACCCGACCCUCCGGGCAUCCUCCACGUCAUCCGACCCCGUGCAGAAGCUACGCCCGAAUUCCUCUGAUGUCAGAUCUAUUUCGCCAAACAGGAGAAUCCCAAAGUCCAAGUCGAACAAUGCCCUGGCUGAUAUGAUAGCCGGUUCAGGCACUUCUGGUAUCUCCCGUGCUGCCCUUGAAGACCCCUCCGAACAUUCCCUCUCCACACUGCGCGACCCUCGAGUUUCUAGCACAUCGGACUUAUCGACUUCGGCCUCGUCCCCACACCACCCCGACCUAAGCAGCGAGGUCGCAAAUCUUAGCGACAAGCUUAUCCAGGCCAUUAAUUACCAGACAGUCUUGGACGAUACUCUGGCGGCCACACGCCAGGAGUUGGAGCAGGCGCAUAUGAGAGUUGGACAACUGGAGAAGCAAACCCGUCAAUAUGAAGAAGAUAUCACUAAUGGGGUCCUAAUAAGGAGGGUGGAUGUGGACAAGGAGUGGACAAAGCUGAAGGAUGAGGCAGCUGAACAAAGAUCUCGACGUGCAACUAUUGAAAAGGAGAAGAAAGCUAUCGAACUGGAACUCGAAAAUCUAACCGCAGCGUUAUUUGAGGAAGCUAAUAAGAUGGUAGCCGCCGCACAAUUGGAACGAAAGAAUGUCGAACGGCGAAAUGAACAGCUUCGAGCGCAAAUUCAAGACAAUGAAAUGCUUCUUGCCUCCCAGCAGGAGCAACUGAGCGAGUUAAAGACGGUCAUACAGAACAUGAAUACGGAUCAGGAUGAAAUUCGUAGUCGGACGGAUGCAUCCACCACGCCUUCUUCUCCAGGUGGAACGCACCAGCCUAUUAGUACCAUAGAUCGCCUUCUGGAGGCGAUGAACCUUUAUCCUACCACACCUGGCUCUGGAGAAAUCUCGCCCGGCCCCUCAACAAGUUUCUCACAUUUAAUAAAAUCUGUCUGUCGGACUGAUAUUCAAGCCUUUGAGGAUUUCCGCGCAAUGCUACAACUUGCUAAAACCUCCAAGCCGCCAAGUAGAGUUGGGAGUGGAUCGUAUGGUGGAUUGAAUGUAAUGGGAUUCGGCAAUUUCACAGGCAACAAGGAAAGUCAACACAAACACUCAUAUUCUAAUGGUUCGGCAAGGUCUUUCCCAGGCUUUCCCGGUUCGCCGGGCAGUAAUUCGUCCCCUCGCGAAUCACAUGCAGCAGCGUUAAAGGAAAGCCGGUUCUACAAACGGGCGCUUGCGGAGGAUAUUGAACCAACCCUCAGAUUGGAUGCCGCGCCCGGAAUAUCGUGGUUAACCCGUCGUACUGUUCUAAGUAGCAUAUGUGAAGGAGCCCUUGUCGUUGAAUAUAUACCAGCCGUUGCUGCGAAAUACUCAUCUCCAUGUGCACUUUGUGGGGAAGCGCGAACAGGAGGAGAGAACGCCCGAACUCACCGUUUCCGUACUUCGGACAAUGAAAACGCUCAACGAUACCCAACGUGUACGUUAUGCUUGGAAAAGCUCAGGUCUUGCUGCGAUUUCGUUGGGUACUUACGACUGAUCGUCGACGGCCACGUUCGCAUCUUGGAUGAAGAAGAUGAAAAGGAAGCGUGGGAAGAGACUAUCCGCCUCCGAGAGCGAAUGUUCUGGGCUCGAAUAGGCGGAGGAGUCGUUCCUGCUUUCCUCCAGUCGAAAAGUUCUGAUAAGAACAGUGCAGCUCCCAGCAUUGAUUCGCCUUACCCAAAGUGUGAGAACCAAACGGAGCCCUUGGAAAGUCCGUUUACACCUGAUCUAAAUCGAAUCCCGAAAAACGGUGCUUCCCAAGUAGAAGUCAGUGAAUUUCCUGAAACCCAAGAGCACGAAACCGCCGAGGCCGUCGACUCCGGAGUUGAAAUUAGCCUAACAAAAAGCUCAAUUGAUGCCAACGAAAAUCAACCCCUAGACCGUCAAAACAACUCUUUGAACGAACCACCAGCGCAAGCUACAGCUGAGACAGAGAUUCCUCAACAGCAUGCGUCAGAUUCCCUGAGACCAGUGACACCGUCGAGACCUAGUGCGGGAACUGAUCCACAAUUAAAGGUUACGUUCCCUAGCACAGCCGAGCUUUGAGCAUGAUACCUGUCUAUGUCAUUAGCUCUAGAGUGCAGAUUUACAGAAUUUUACCCCGAUUAACCCAAACUCCCCACAAUUUCUUCUUGCUACCGUGUCUUUGUAACGGCAAGUGUCGGAUUCCGUUUGACGUAUACGUCACCUGGUUGGAUGUAUAUCUUCCAUUCUUUGGGCGCAGGGCGCCUGUACCAUUACCUGCAUAAAUAUUAUAUAUACUUGUUAACCUCGGGUUUUUCCGUCCGCCUCGACACGCCGCAGCCUCUUAUCUUGCCCUCGCUAUCGGCCUUGUACCAUCCUCCGACGGGUCCACCAAACAACAUUACUCUUCCCUUACCUGAUUACCUUCUCGCUAUCUGCGUUUCUCCUACCAAUUUCUCCAGUGUCCUUUUUCAGUUCCCAUUUUUUCGCAAUAUGAUAGAAAUCUAUAUACGCCAUUUUCCAACCAUGUCAAUCAGAUCCAAAAAAGUUUUAGGCAGACGUUCGUGAUCUCGAUAUUUUACUUUCUUUUGAUAUAGGACACCAACUACGGCCACGUAUUUCCUGAGCCACAGCUUCGUGUGCCCUUUUCUCCAGGAUCACUCGCCAUACGCCUGCCUCACCAUUUACUUUCCACACUUUGGUUUUAUUCGCGCGUGAAGCUCACCAUCCUUUUGUGGCUACGCUUCACCUAUGCAUACGCCUCCUAUUAUCCCCACCGAUCGCAGUUUGCUCUUCUCGAUUUGAUGUGAUUUGCGGACCAAGACUGGCCGAUAUGGGAUAGGAAAGUGCGGGUAAUUGUCCUCGAUUAACUCCAUCCAUAAGCGGACUCUUUCGUAUUCACACGGCCCUUGCUCUUACUACUUUAUUCUUUUUCUUCUACCCCCUACUCAUUGUCAAGAUACAAUUUUUUAGUCCCUUUCUACUACAACGAAUCAUUUUUUGUCCGUCCUAUCCCUAUGGCGUAUAGAGGUUUAGCCCGGUUGUAUUUCUUUGUCUGGCCUUGUUCCUUGGUUGUUAUUUAAAGUGCUAUGACGUUGUUGAUAUCAGGGCGCUUGUACCUCCUUUUGUUUUUCUAGUUUCGUCCUUGUUUUGUUUCGCUGGAUAUCCUUUUCCGAUUUUCCGACUUUUUAUUAUUAUGGUUUAGGAACAGGGUUAAUCGCGUUAUUGGGGUGAGAUUAGCAUGUCUUCUGCACUUGAUUUUUCACUUUUGUUUUCUUAUUUGGUUUCACCGGAGGGCCUCGAGCUUGUUUUUGAGUUGGUUCUUUCCAUAGAGAUUAGAGAUGUGGAUUGAUGGAUUGAUACUGUGUGGUAGGGAUGCAUGAAGUAGGACAGGAACCGCUAUAUUUCAUAAGAGAAUAUUUGAUCAUCACGUUUAUUUUUGCCUUGGCCUCUUCUCUUAGUCGGUAGCUUGAGAAUCUAUUUUUCUCUCCCGCAGUGGCCCUUGUGUUGUAGAAGAUAUAAGGAUAAGGACGAAGCUAAGUUGUACAGUUUUAUUUGGAGGUGGAUGUAUCCAAUCCCUUCAUAAACGGUGGAGGUAAUUCCCUAAUUAUACCUAGUAGUUUACCUCCCCUAGCAUAUAGUAGAUGGAAU